AUGCCUGACUUCCUGGAAGCAAACGGCGACGCCGCCGCCGACGAGUAUGCCCGCCACAUGCGGCUGCUCCCUGGCAACGACGGCGAGACAAAGCUCGAUCUCGCCAACACGCCCAUCUUCAAUGCCACAGUCAGGGACCAAGCAAGCCGUCUCUCCGGAUCAUCUGCCUACCGCGCCUUCACGCAGUACGGCCUGCUCGGCGGUAUCUCAUAUGGCCGCCGUGGAGAGGUCGGCGUCGACGCCGGGCAGCAUGCCGCGUCUGAUCCUCGCCUCUUCUACAACGUCGCUACUCCCUCUAGCGUAUUUAUCUGCGGAAGCCAGGGCUCGGGUAAGAGCCAUUCACUGAGCUGCCUCCUGGAGAACUGCCUGUUGCCGUCCGACGCCAACAAGCUGCCGCGGCCGCUCACCGGAAUAGUGUUCCACUAUGACACCUUCAACUCGGACACGGGCGGCUCUCCUUCCGAAGCAGCCUAUCUGUCAUCGAAUCCCAAUGUUCAGGUGCGAGUUUUAUGCGCACCCACGAACCGUGUCAACAUCCAGAGAAUAUACAGCUGCCUCCCCAAUGUCGUAGUGAGUGAUUUUCGAAUCCACGAGUCACAACUCAACACCGGACGCAUGCUCGACCUCAUGGCCAUGGGGUCCGUAGCCGGCGAUUCCUGGCCGCUCUACAUGCAUUCGGUGACGCGUAUCCUGCGUGAAAUGCGCCUCGAGCAGCAAUCUCACGGCGUAGAUGGUGGCUUUGAUUACGGCGACUUUAAGCGCCGUCUUACGGACGAGGCGCUGAUCGGCACGCAGCUUGGCCCGCUCCAACAGCGCCUUGACGCGCUUGAGAGCUUUAUGGUGCCUGGGGAAGCGACUCAGACCCGACUGCGCUCCGGCCAGGGCAAGUAUGCCGAGGUCGGUAGGUUCGCCCAGCGCGCCGGUCCCAGCGCGGAUAGGACGUGGGUUCCCAAGGCCGGACAACUGACCAUUGUAGACCUGUCAUGCCCUUGCAUCACCGACGUGACUGCAUGCUCGCUCUUCACCAUUUGCUUGAGCUUGUUCCUUGAGCAACAAUCCGCCGUCGGCCGCGUCGUCGCCCUCGACGAGGCACACAAGUACAUGACGGGCUCCAUCGAGUGCGACACGCUCACGGAAAGGCUGCUCUCGGCGAUCCGUCUCCAGCGCCACCUGGCAACUCGCGUCUUCAUCUCCACGCAGGAACCCACCAUCUCCCCCAAGCUGCUUGACUUGUGCUCUGCCACCAUUGUGCACCGCUUCAGCUCGCCCGAGUGGCUAACCACCCUCAAGGGCCAUCUCGCCGGCGCCUCCUCGCUCGCCGGCGCCACAACCCACGAUUCGAGCCGAGACGACAAGGCCAACAACCAUGUUGCGCUCGUCAGUCCGACCUUGCGCAGCGGGACGGACUCCACCUCCUCCGAUCAGCUACUAUCCGACAUUUUCCAGCAGAUAGUGUCGCUACGGACUGGAGAGGCGCUGCUGUUUGCGCCAAACGCCGCCAUUGGCGUGCGCAUGGAGCGAGCCGGCCUGGACAGUGAGGAUGAGGGGGACGCAGAGAGCGCGUCAUCUGAGUCCUACAGCUCUGACGACUCGGGAAGUAGCGCGGAUAGUGCGCACAGCGCUGAUGAAUCCGUGUUAUUUAACAGGGACACAGCGAAUGCCCCAUCAGCGCGAAAUGCUGUGCGCUCCGCCGCUGUGACGGACUGGCGUCCUACGGAGGCGAUUCGUCUCGGAAGCGGGGUGAUGAAGAUUUUGAUUCGGCAACGUGUGACCCAAGACGGUGGACAGUCGAUCAUGUCGACCUGA